GAUCUUUUAGCAAGGCUGUCGUGUAUAUGUCGUUACGCGUCGGGAGCUACUUCCGAGGUUAUGUUCGUUCGAGUUGUGUUUUGAAAAAUGCACGAUCCACCUACGGUUUCUCUGUUUCGCGUAGGAAACCAUAUCGAUGUGGUGGCACUCCAAUGAGAACAGUGAUCGAAAUAUAUUAAAGUGCGACAUGUGCAAUACAAAAGCAUGGUCAUUACCCAGAGAAAGAUGAAACAGCUUGCCCUAUCCAUCGUUUGUAUUAUUCUAGUUUUAGGAUUCUACAAAGGUUUGGUAAGUACAGAAGACGAGGAAGAUUUUUCUCCGUCGCGACAAACUGGUAACAAGGUAGAACGUACUAGCAAAUUACAAAAAGAAAAUGAAAACGAAUUGCUACAAGAGAAGAUCGAAGGUAGAGACGAAUAUGGGGGUAGACUUAUCGAUAGAAAUACCGAUAUCAAGGACAUCGAGGAAGCUAAAAUUCGUAUACGCGAGCUUGAAGGUAAAUUACGUCAUCUCGAAGCAAAAAUUGAGAAUCGGGUGCCGAAGGAUUUUCCAACGGUGAAGUUCCUCAAUUAUAAAAAUCGUAAAAGGAUAUUGGUUACCGGUGGAGCUGGUUUCGUUGGUUCUCAUUUGGUCGAUCGAUUGAUGUUAGCCGGUCACGAAGUUAUAGUGGUAGAUAAUUUUUUUACUGGACGAAAGAGAAACGUCGAACAUUGGGUCGGCCAUGAGAAUUUCGAAUUGGUACAUCACGACAUCGUCAGACCAUUGUAUUUGGAAGUUGACGAGAUCUAUCAUCUGGCUAGUCCAGCUAGUCCACCUCAUUACAUGUUGAAUCCUGUUAAAACGAUUAAAACUAAUACACUUGGUACUAUAAAUAUGUUAGGACUCGCCAAGCGAGUUGGCGCACGUGUAUUAAUUGCCAGUACGUCCGAAGUUUAUGGGGAUCCUAACGAGCAUCCCCAGACGGAGACUUACUGGGGUCACGUUAAUCCUAUUGGUCCAAGAGCGUGCUACGACGAAGGAAAAAGAGUCGCUGAAACGUUAAGUUACGCCUACAUGAGACAAGAAGGUGUGUCGGUACGAGUAGCACGAAUUUUUAAUACUUUUGGGCCAAGAAUGCACAUGAACGAUGGACGGGUCGUAUCGAAUUUUAUUCUCCAAGCUUUGCAAAACGACUCGAUCACCAUUUAUGGCAAUGGAAAGCAAACAAGGUCUUUCCAGUACGUCACAGAUUUGGUAGAUGGAUUGGUUGCCUUGAUGGCUUCUAAUUAUACGUUGCCCGUAAAUAUUGGUAAUCCGGUUGAACACACCAUCGAAGAAUUCGCGUUUAUUAUAAAGGAUUUGAUUGGUGGUACUAGUAAAAUAGUUGAACUUGCCGCGGUAGAAGACGAUCCACAAAGAAGAAGGCCGGAUAUUAACAGAGCAAAAAAAUAUUUGAAUUGGCAACCGAAAGUUCCUUUAGCCGAAGGUUUGAAGAAAACUAUCAUGUAUUUUGCGAAAGAAUUGCAAAGAACAAUGCACUCGCAAAAGGAUAGUAUUAAACAUUCAUCUUAUAAAAAUGAUCAUGACAUAAUAGAUCAUCUCUAAGAGUUGA